CAGGAACUGAGGAAGCGGCUAACACCCCUGCAGUACCAUGUCACUCAGGAGAAAGGGACCGAAAGUGCCUUUGAAGGAGAAUACACACAUCACAAAGAUCCUGGAAUAUAUAAAUGUGUUGUUUGUGGAACUCCAUUGUUCAAGUGAUGAACCUGAAUUUAUUUAUUGGCUCAUUAUGAAAGUUCUUCAUAUGCAUCCUUCAGAUCUAAUAAUAUCCACCAAGUAGAUUAUUUGUACUUCUCCAGUGAAGGGAAAUAGCUACAUUGAAAGUACUAUGGAAGGUAUACAAGAUACUUAUGCAUAGAUAGAAUAAUUAUGUACCAUGGAGUUAACAGUUUUUGCAUUACCUUAAAAUCUUCAUUUUAAAAAUCGUGACAGUUUACUACACAUAGAGUUUUUGACCAAAACAGUUAAUUCAGAUAGUCUGUUCUGGAGAUUAUAGAUUUUAUUCAAGAAAGAAUAGUCUUUACCAAAAUUUGUCUAGUUAGAAAAGAUCCUGGAAGCCCUGUUCUACCCAUGAGAUUGUUGGUUUGGGGAAAUAAAAAGACAGAAACCUUAAUUGAGAGUAAAUGUCAUUUAUCCAAAACAGAGUUACAAAGUUUCUUAGGGGAAAUACAUAAACAAAAAUCUGAUACUCGUAACAUGUAAAACAUACUUUAUAUCUCUCUAUAAAUGUUUCCAUUUUAAAACACUAGCAUUUACAGAUUGUCCAAAAGUAACAUGAAACAGUAGUUUUUUUGAAAAUGUUUUUAAGAGCUUAAAACUUUUCUUAAAUUGCAGAAACCUUAUUGCACAUUAGUGCUGGUUGAGAAUCUGUUCUGACUUCUUAUAUAUUCUUCAUGUAAAAAAAACGACCCUUCAGAUUGUCACCCUUUUCCUCUCAGAAAACACAUAAUUCAACACCUUUAGCUUUUGUCAUAAUAGUUAAUAUAACACUUGAGAUGGUUACUGAGCCAUGUUAAACUUGUUAAUAUCCCAAAUGGUAAAAAUUGGCCACAUUGCCUUUUCCUUUUGUUUAAGAUUCUCCAUCUCUAUAUCCUUCUCAUGUGAUUCACUAUAGUACAGGAUCUAAGGGGAACUUACUGUUUUAAAUAAGAAACAGAACCACUGUAAAUGAAGGAUUUAAUCCAUGUGAGAUUUGAGUCACAAAUCCUAAAAGCAAGACUCUUAUCCAAACAUAGGUAUGGUGGGAGUCGGGUUUCACAUUAGAAAUGACACUGCCUCUAUUUUCUCUAACAAUCUUGUAGCUCUUUCAGCUUUGAUUUUCAAAAUUUUAAGGAAUAUGGUUUGAUAUAUUUUAUUCUACCUUUAAAAAAUUGUUUGUUACUCCUUACUUGGUUUCUUGUCUACUUUGCUUAAAAAGAAUCCCCUACUCUGUCCUCCAUCAGAGAAUGCAGCAGCUCAAUGGCCCAGUGCAGCUGUCUUCCUAUUGAGGAAUGUAUGCCCUGGAUGUCCACAAAGGCUUCCCAGGGGGCCACAGUACAUGGGCAGCGAAUUGAUUUUCUGAUCCUUGACUUCUCUGUGUACGUUUUCCUGAAACUGAUAUGUCUGAAAGAGUCUGUGAUCGACCACUUCUUCCUUUCCAUCUUCUCUGUCAUGAUUGCCAUUCUCCCACUUCAUUAACAAUGUCAUACCUUUUACUCACUUCAAAUCUUACUAUGACUUAAUGUCCCAUGGCACAGUUGCCAGGGCAUUAUGCAAAAAGACAGUUAAGGAAUGAAUUAUUUCUGAAGAAGAGGAAAGCGAGACAAAAAAGCUUUUGGUUAAAAACAAAAAAUUGAGGAUUGCGUUUUUGGCCUACUGGUUAAGCUUGGGAUGCCUACAUCCCAUAUUGGAGUUCUUGAGUUCAAGUCCUGGCUCUGCUCCCAGUUCCAACUUCUUACUGAUGCAUAUUUUCUAAGUCAGCGGGUCAUGGCUCAGGUGAAGUGCUGGAUUGUGUUCCCAGCUCCAGACUUUGAGCUGGGCCAAUUCCAGUUGCAGCAGGUGUUUGGAGAGCCAGCCAGUGAAUGGGAGAUCUCUGUCCAUCUGUAUCUCUGCUUUUCAAAUAAGAUACAUUAAUGGAAAGCAUUUUAGUUGAAUUGGUAUUUUAUCUUGGCAAGGCUUCUUGCACAGAUCAGUCCACCUCCCUGUCUGUCUGCUUUUCUGUCUUUCCAUCUGUUGCCCAUCCAUCCAUUUUCUACCAGCCUACUUAAGUGAGAAAAUUGCCAUGAGAAUGUGUAUCAGUAAGUUUGUUUGAAUGAAAAUUUGAAAAUCUUUUUAUUUUUUGGCAGAAGGAAUAAUUAUGAUUUGGUUAAUUGAUUUGACAUUGAGGACUGGCUUUGCAAUUUACUUUACAUGGUUGACUUCUCCAUUCAUUAAUUUUUUUGUUCUAAAUAUGUGGCUCUAAAGUUUUGACAAAAUAUGGUUAAAACAUAUUGUAUGUACAAUAUAUGAAACACCAGGAAAUUCAACUUUUGUAAUUAUUUAAUUAUCCGAUAAGAAAUUUUAGCUAUUAAUUUGAGAAAGUAUGUAUGGGUCAGCACCCAAUCAGGAUAUAGAAGCUACACAGUGAUUUGAACAGAAAAGUUUAAUAUAAAGAAUUAUGAAGUAUAACAGAGGAUGGUAAUGAGGGAUUGGCUAGUAAGAAGUAAAGAGAAAUUCUAAUACAGGAAUUGCAGGUAUAAGCAAUCCUGAUUUCUAGUACUGAGCGAGAGAGAGAGAGAGAGAGAGAGAGAACAACAACAAAAAAGCCUCUCUCUACUCUCCACAUUCCUUCCCCUGAGGCGGAGAUUUAGUCCUUGUUGGAGAAGGCAUGGCUGUAGCUAGCAGCUAGCAGAUGGCAGGGGAGUUACUAUGGUAUCCUGAUAGUCCAAGUUGCUGAAAUGUAGUGUCUGGAACUUCCUGGAAAUCUGCACUCUAGGGUAUGGGGAAAGGACAAUGUCUAGUUCCUGCACUACAAAACCACCUGUGAUGAGUGCCAGGGAAUGCUGCUGGCCACUUGCUGAUGCUGAUGGUUGCAUGUUGAAAGCAGCACCUGACUGUGUGGGAUCCUAGCUCUGGAGAAUUUGCUCAUGCUGCAGCAGCUUGGUAGUUGGUAGCAAGUGCAUGCUAACAGAGCUGGGUGCAGGAGAAACUACUUGUUCUGCAGAAGUCAAGGGCUAGAAAAACUGAGUACACUUAUGGAGCUGGGUGCAAGAGAAGCUGUGCACACUGCAAGAGCCUGAAGGUGGAGAAACUGUGCUGUGAGAAGCUGCAUGCGUUGGGGGGAGCCUGUGGAGCAAGCAUACUGAGACAAGGAGAGACCUUUUUCUCCUGCAGUCUCCCUCCCAUGCCUUCUAAUGGCAAAGUUUAACAUGCUGACCAACAAUGAAAAAAAAAAUACUGAAAGGGCCCAGAUCUAUUUUAGCAAAGCAGGUUAAGAAUAUGGUUUUAUAGACAAAAGGCAACAAAUUGAUAACUAACACAAAGCCUGUUUUUAAUUUUUUUUUCAAAGUUCUAUUAGUGGUUCAUGGGUGUAAGUUUGAAAACCACUCAGUAGUGAAUUAAUAAUAUCUGUAUCAGGACCCCCAAGAUAGUUUGUUUCUCAGUUUGAAUAUAAAGUAUAUAUGUUUGUGUGCUUGUGUGUGUGCAUAUACCGGGUUCUGUUUGUUAGGGAGAAGUAAGAGAAGAAAAUUACUGAGUAGAAGAAUUGCAUGAUAAGUAACAGUGGGAUGGAAACAAGAAAAAAAAAAGUUGUUGAAUUUGCAAAUCAUUAGAGGGGCCUGUGUUGUGGCCCAGCAGGUUGUGCAGCGUGCAAUAUUGACCCUGGCAUCCCAUAUGAGUGCUGGUUCAAGUCCUGCUUGCUCUGCUUCCCAUGCUGCUCACUGCUCAUGUGCCUGGAAAAGCAGCAGAGGAUGGCCUGAGUAUGGGGACCCCUAACACCCAUGUAGGAGACUAGGGUGAACUUCCAGGUGCCUGGCUUCAGCCUGGCCCAGCCCAGGCCAUUGCAGCCAUUUGAAGAGUGAACCAGAAGAUGUAAUCUCUCUCUCUCUAUUCCUCUCUCUCGGUAACUCUACCUUUCAAACAAAUAAAUCUUCAAAAAAAUUAAAAUGAAAACAAAGCUGACUUUUUUUAAAAAGUUCAUAAGAAAGGCGAAGUUGUUUUCCCAACUUCCAUUUCUCUUUCUUUACAGUACAUACUUAUAGUAUGUGUACACUCUCUGUAUGCUUAUUGUAUGUGUAUACUGUGCAUUUGUGCAUGCACAUAUAUAUGUAAUCCUCUUCAUUUACUUGACUGAUGUGUGUGUAUUAUACUUCUUUACAAAAAAGACCAUUCAAUUAUUCUCAUUGCAUUUUCAAGCUUGUACUCUAAAUACAUUCCCUCUUUGAACACUAUGCUGCUUUCUUACUUCUUGCCAAAUACAAGAACCUUAUUCACAGCCGUCUUACAAACCAAAUGUGUAAUUUAUUCCAUGGUUCAUGUUUUCUUCACAUUCACAAAUUUAACCAAGCUAGAUUUUUUCUCAUAUAGCACUAUUGACUUUCAGUUAGUAAAUUAACUGACAGAAGCAAGAAUGUUCUCUCCUCUGGUUAUUUGGUCAUUUAAAAUUUCAUAAAGUGAAUUUAUUGCAUAUCAGAUAAACCAGAGAAGGCACUGGUGAAAUAAUUUAAUUCAGAAUGUACUUUUGAUCACUUACAUUUUGCUUUAGCUGACACUUUGCCAGGUGUUAUGGAACAAAUAAGUUUAUGAAAUAUUUUUUCUUCAUAGUACUCAGGAUUUUGUUGGCAUAACAAGGGAAAUAUAGGAAACAAUUACAAAAGACAGAAAAAUGUUAGCAUCUGUUUUCCUAUGUCUGUUGAAAUGCUGUUAUGUAUAAUAGGAAGAUAUUUGAUUUCUUCAUGUUGGGCAAGAUUUUAUGAAGGAGACAAAAUCAAACUUUACUAGGCAGCGAGAAUGGUUCAGGUUUUCCCAGGUGGGUGGUGCCUAAUAGAGAAUGCCAUUUGCAAAGAAGAAUUACAGAUAAGGUCAGAAGUGGAUUUUUCAAAGAAAUAUGAGUUUGAUCCAAUAGGAGUGGAGAGGUAGGGUAUGUAGGGGGAUAUUGGGGAAUAUGACUAAGGCAUUAUAGGGGACUAAUUAUGGAGGUCCUUGAAUAUGAGAGAGGACAUUUAAAUUCCUAUUUGAAAUGUUUUAAGUCUCUGGAAUCUUUUCCUCUGGGAAGUCCUAUCUGACCUUCCCUAGUGAACUUCGGUGUCUCUCCUUGCUGUCACUUUGUUAUCAUUCCCACCAUUUCAAUUUCUACCUUAUUUUGAAUUACCUGUUUAUGUGCCUGUCUGCCCUCUGGUAAGUGAAUUUCAAAAUUGCAAGGCCAUGCCUAAGUUAUUUUUAUAUCUCUAUCUGUUAACCUAAAAUAAUUACCACAUAUUUAUUUGCUUAUCACAUACAGUCUGAACUUUGUUGGAUAGAUUGUGGAGAAUUUUUGAAUAAAAUAAUAGCUAUAUACAAGUAGAUUUCUGGGAGUGAAAGAGAAAGAAAUGGUUGUGUGACAGCCUCAGUGGGAACUCUUCCUUGUUAGCUGAUAAAUCUAAAUGUUAUUCAUGUAUAGUCAGCUCCUGAUAAUUUUGUUUGAAACUUCGGAGAACCAUAUAGGAUAUUUUAUAUUCAGCACGCCUUCUGCUGGAUAGCUCAUUUUAUAUAGAUUUACUAAUGAUAAUAAUAGUAAUAAUACUAAAAUAAUAACUAACAUUUAUAUAGCACUUAUGAUAUGUCAGGGAUGAUUUUAAGUCUUUUAUACAAGGGAUCCUCAGAAAGUUCAUAAGAAAAUUAUUCAUGGGUUUCAAAUUUUUUUGUACAAGAAUAAAAUUAUCCUUUUUUUUAAAAAAAGAUUUAUUUAUUUAUUUGAAAGUCAGAGUUACAUUGAGAGAAGGAGAGGGAGGGAGGGAGGGGGAGAGAGAGAGAAAAAGAGAAAGAGGUGAGCGGUUCACUCCCCAGUUGGCCGGAGCUGCACCAAUCCGAAGCCAGGAGCCAGGAGCUUCUUCCGGGUCUCCAAUGCAGGUGUAGGGGCCCAAGGACUUGGGACAUCUUCAGCAUUUUCCCAGGCCAUAGCAGAGAGCUGAUUCAAAAAUGGAGCAGCUGGGACUUGAACCGGCACCCAUAACUGCUACGCUGCAGUGCCAGCCCCAAGUAAAAUUAUCCUUUAAUUCCAUUUUCUUUAACUUUUAAAGCAAUUAAUGAGUUAAUUAAUUAAUUUGAUAAACAGAGUUCCCGUCCACUGGUUCACUUCCCAAAUGCUCUCAUUGGUGGAGCUUAGCCAAGGCUGAAACUGUGAGCCAGAAACUCAUUACAGGUCUCCCAGAUAGGUGAUGGGGACCUGAGUACUCGAGCCAUCACUUGCUGCCUCCUAGGGUGAGCAUUAAGAGGAAGCUGGGAUCAGAGAUGGAGCUAGGAUUUGAAUCCUGGUACUUCAAUGUUGGAUUCAGUGUUCCAAUUAGCAUCUUAACAGCUAGACCAAUCCCCUGCCCCCUCCAUGAACUUUCUGAGGUAUCUUCUAUGUAUGUACUCAUUUAAUCUUUGCAGUAAUACAUUUUGCAAAAAAAGAGAGGAGAAAUAACUUGUGAAGAACACACAGCUAAUAUACAAAUAGAUUUGGAGAAGUAACACUCACAAUUUUAAAAAAGAAGAAUUAUAGUAGACCAAAGUUUUAAUAUAUAAUUUAUUUGGCCCUCGAGCCUGGUUAGUUUGCUUAGUUACAAUUGAACAAAUGGAAUGCACACACAUGUGCAUAUACACACACAUCUCAGUUCUUUGAAAAAAAUCUGUCACAGUACUAAAGUACUUAGGUUAAACAUUAAAGACAACUUCAUUCUAAGAGGGGCUGAACCAGAAGUAACUGGAUUCAUCAUGGCAAAUCAAGGAAGACUCAUCUUAGGCUGGUGGUUAACCUGAGGGCAGUCCCUUGAUCCUGGCAAGAUGUAGCCAAUGUUUGGAAAGCUCUCUGGCCAUUCAGUAUCUGGAAGAUAGUACAGCAGCUAGAUUUUUGGGCAGAUGUGUAGUAAUUGAAACUGGGAAGUCCUUUGCUUUUCACUUACUGAUUUACCAACACAUUUUCUAAAGUAGCUGUAUUCCAAAUUUUCACUAAUAACUUCUGAGAAGAGUGAAGCCAACCGAUGUGAACCAUACUAAAUAUCCUUCCUUCUGUUUGGAAAUUUCUUUGUACUUUCAUCAAACAAUCAGAACAGGCAAUGGCUAAAAGCAACUGGUGGAACCUGCUGAAUAUAUGCCCAGAUGUGUAACCUCAAAUUCAUCAUCUGUAAAAUGGAAAAUAAAACCAAACAGGUGGAAAAACUAAAUGUGGAAAAAUGUCUAGUGUAUGCUAAGUAUUCGACAAAUGUUAAAUUCAAGUGGCCUGAGCAAGUUUUGGGAACAUACACUAUCACUACAGCCUAAAAUGCCCUUCCACUGUGAGAAAGUUCAGGCUGUAUUAGAGAGAGUCUGUCUGUUAACAGUAGAUGUUAGUGUGAUGAGUCACCACUCCAGCUGGGUUGCUGCUUUUCUGAUGGAGCCCUGCUGCACAGCUAUUCACACAUGCUACAUUUCACAUGAGCCUCCGGUGCAAUUUUAUUCUAGGCUACCAGAAAAUUUCAGCCGUUUUUCAGCUCUUUAAUAACAUAAGCCCUUUCACUGAGGAAAUUCCAUCUAAUGCCACACUCAAUUUGCUCAGCUAUGCUACUCCAUGUAAGCUGUCCCACUCACUAAAGGUGACGUUCACUAUGAACUUUUCCCCCUCGGAUAGGCUUUGUGUGUGUGUGUGUGUUUUUGUGGGAAGAUAUAGAGCAAGGUGAAAAGAUGGUUUUCCGUUCUUCCCCCUAUACAAAUCCCAUUGCCUUAACCCUUUUAAAUGCUAUCCAUAUAUUAUUUACUGAUAAACUCUUUUAGUCACUAUGGAAUUCUUCUGUUAGGGAGAGUAACAUAAACUAACUUCAUGCUUUGUUUUUAUGCAAAUAUGAAAAUUGCUUAAAAUUCCAACAAAUGUUUCUUGACCUUUAACAGAGUGCACUUAAUUCGAAUUUCAGAAUUUUGAAUUGCCCUUCACUGGUCUAAUUCAAAAUGUUUAAAUAAAUAAAUUAACUCUGUUAAAGAAAGAAGCUUUCCAGUAUAAUGAAACUGUUAUGAAAUAAAUUGAAUUUCUGAGUGGUAACUUACUCAAACUUUUGUUAUGUCUAGAUAAAUCAUAUAUUAUUCUGAAGAGAAUAUUAGAUUGACUUUGCUCAUACCAUUCACCCUUCUUACUUUUUCGCUACAUACAGUGAUUUACAGGAAAUGUAACACAGGGUGUUACUGUUUUGUCUUCAUCUUAUCUGAAAACUCUGGGCAAGACCACAGCUGGAUUGGGAAAAAAAGCACUUCCUUGAGCUGCUAGCAAAAGAUGGGGAGCAAAAAUCCCUGUUGGCAAAAGAUAGGGAGCAAAAAGCCCUGUUGAUGCAUGACCUAUUAAACCAGUGGGGGAAAAAAGAAAGAAAAUACAUCAUAAAAGCAUAGCAUAGGGGCCAGCACUAUGGAGUAGUAGGUAAAGCUGCAGCCUGUAGUUCUGCUUUCUCAUAUGGGUGCCGGUUCAAGAGCUGGCUGCUCCUCUUCUGAUCCAGCUCCCUGCUAUGGCCUGGGAAAGCAGUAGAAGAUAGCCCAAGACCUUGGGCCCCUGCACCUGUGUGGGAGACCGGAAGAAGCUCCUGGCUCCUGGCUUCGGAUCAGCACAGCUCCAGCCAUUGCGGCCAGUUGGGGAGUGAACCAGCAGAUGGAAGACCUCUUUCUCUCUCUCUCGGCCUCUGCCUCUCUAUAACUCUGCCUCUCAAAUAAAUAAAUAAAUCUUAAAAAAAAAAAAAAAGCAUAGCAUGGUAAAAGGUAAGAACAGCUUCAUUUGAGAAACUGGAAAAUAUAGCAAAGUAUAAUUGAAAGACUACAUUUGUCUAAAACUGUAUGCACAUAUGUAAUAGAAUACAAACCAUAUCUGCACAAAAAAUUUCUGGAUAUCUGAAGAUCUGUAAGGGUAUAUUUCUCUCUCUCAUAUAUAUAUAUAUAUAUAUAUAUAUAUAUAUAUAUGGGUAUAUAUGAUUGAGGGAGAUAAAAGUAGAGGAAGAGCAAUCUUGCCUUGUAUUGCCUAACUCAUAGUCUUAUUUUCUUAAUUUUCCAAAUGUAGAGAGAAAUGGAUUAGAUUUUCCUCAAUGAAUUAGAAUGGGUUGUUAGAAUAAUCUGGGAUACAUGGUAGGCUAAGGCUUUCACUGUAUUUCAAUUAAAUUAAUUUUGCUUGAGAAAACAUGAAACAAAAUUAGUAUAAUUUAUAUUUAUUAUUCUAGUUCACAGAAUUAAAUAUUACUUAAAGGUAAUUUAUAAAAAAUAGUGUAUGAAUUUUAAUAAAUACUUAGGAGGUAAUCCACAAAGCUAAAACACAUUAUUUGAAGCAUUUAGAACCCAUGAUAAAAUAUAUUUCAAUCAUUCAAUAGAAACAAACUAUUGUGGAUGCGAUGGAUCAUUGGAUGAAAUAAUACAUUAUGAAACAUGUAGUAAGGCUGAAAUCAAAAGCAAAUUGUACUGUAAUCCACUCAUUUUUUUUUCCCUAAGAGUUGCUGUUCUUAUAAAUGAGGAACUUUGAGGUGUUUUUUUUUUUGCAAAUUGGUUGAUGAGAAUUGCAUAAAUUUUAACCCAGAUAUUUUAUCCUAGAUAUGUCUUAUACAUGGAUUGACCACUCAUCACAUAACAUUGACAAAGAAAGGUGCAGAAGCCAUUUGGAGCAUCAGUUGGAAAAUAAGUGUUACAAAGUUCCAGCACAAAUUUACUGCAUAUCCAUUAGCAAAUUAUUUAAGUAUUUUGACUCAUUUUUCUCAUUUAUAAAAUGGUGAAAAUAACAACUCCUUUUAAAUCAUAGCUUUAUUGCAUCAAAGGAAAGAAUUGCAGAAAUAUGCUAUUAAAGAUCUAAAGAUUCAGUGUGGAGUUUGUAAACACAGCAGCUUUAAAUUUUUGGGGGUAAACUAUGAGCAGCAUGUAAAUCUAAUUUUUUAAAAAAAUCUCAGUACAAUUUUCUUUUGAUUUCAGCCUUACUACAUGUUUCGUAGUGUAUCAUUUCAUCCGAUGAUCCAUCUCAUCCUCAAUAGUUUGUUUCUAUUGAAUGAUUGCAAGAUAUUUUAUCAUGGGUAACUGAGUUUUAAUGUCUUAGUCUUUUGUGAAUCUCUCCCAGCAAAGCUAUAAACUUCUUGAGAAGAUAGGCCAUAAUCUUAAUUGCUUAACUAUUUCUUACAUAAUCUAGUUAUUAUUUAAGAAUAUGAGCAAAAUUCAGGGUUGGGCAUUGUGGCACAGUUAAGCCACUGCUUGUGAUGCCUGCAUCCCAUUCUGUAUUGCAGAGCUGAUUUGAGUCCUAGCUGCUUUUUAAAAAAGAUUUAUUUAUUUAUUUGGAAGACAGAGUUACAGGGAGGGAGAGGCAGGGGCAAGAGAGAGAGAGAGCGAGCAAGCGAGCGAGCGAGCUUCCUUCUGCUGGUUCACUCCCCAGAUGGCUGCAACAGCCAUGACUGAGGCUGAAGCCAGGAUCCAGGAGCUUCAUCUGGGUCUCCCAUGUGGAUAUAGGGGCACAAGUACUUGACAUAUCAUCUGCUGCCUUUCACAGGUAUAUUAGCAGGGAGCUGGAUCAGAGGUGGAGCAGCGAGGACUUGAACGGGCACCUAUAAGGGAUGCCAGCACAGCAGGUUGCAGCUUUACCCACUAGGCCGCAACACUGGCCCCUGCUCCGCUUCUGAUUCCUCUUUCUGUGAAUGCAUUCUGGAAGACAACAGAUGACUGCUCAAGAGCUUGGACCCGUGUACCCACAUGGGAGAACUGAGUGGAGUUCUGGCUGCCUGGCUUUGGGCUGGUCCAGCCCUGGCCACUGCAGCCAUUUGGGAAGUGAACCAGCAGAUGGAAGAUUGUCUCUCUCUCUCUCUUUCCCUCCCUUGCCUCCUCUCUCAUGCAUAUUUUCUGUUGCUUUGCCCUUCAACUACAUGAAAUAAAUAAUUUUUAAAAGAAUUAGGGGCCUCCGCAGUGAUGUAGUGGGUAAAAGCCGCAGCCUGCAGUGCCGGCAUCCCAUAUGGACGCCAGUUCUAGUCCUGGCUGCUCCACUUCUGAUCCAGCUCUGUGCUAUGGCCUGUGAAAGCAGUAGAGGACAGCCCAAGUCCUUGGGCCCCUGAACCUGUGUGGGAGACCUGGAAGAAGCUCCUGGCUCCUAGCUUUGGAUCAACGCAGCGCAAGCAAUUACAACCAAUUGGGGAGUGAACCAGCGGAAUGGAAGAUCUCUCUCUCGCUCUGCCUCUCCUUCUCUCUCUGUGUAACUCUUUCAAAUAAAUAAAUAAAUGAUUUUUUAAAAAAAGAAUAAGAGAAAAAUGACUCAAAUUGAUACCAGCAUGGUGGAAGUAAAAAUAGAUACCUAGUUACAGAUACCCUACUUCAUUUUCCAAAUUUUUUUGUAAACCAUUCAUAGAACUUACUUUCAAUGUAAACACUUUUCAACAAUAGCAUUACUUACAACUGCAAAGAUACAGCUGUCCCGACUAAGGGAGAGAGAACAAUGUCUAUGGCUGGGACAUUUUACAAAAAAAACUCAAUAGUGCAAAGAGUGACAAAAAAAUAGUGUCAGCUGCCCAAACCUAUAUUAAAAGAAAAUUACAUAGUUGGACAUUUUUAUUAUUAAAUAUCAGAAUAAAAAGAUUAAAAAUAACUGGAGUAAAUAUGCAACUCAAAAUGCUAGAAAAAUAAUUUCAAGAAACUCAGUAAAACAAAUGGAUAAAAUUAUUUAACAUUUUCCAUCGAGGCAUUUGCCAGUUCUCGGCAUGGAAAGAGAGGUAAAGGCUGCAGACUUCCCAAAGACUUACUACUAAGAAGCAGAAGAGAUAGCAGCAGACACAAGCCUCAAUACUGUUGAUGUUGUAGAUUGGAUAAUUCUUUGUUGUAGGUAGCUGUUUAAUAAAUAUAUGUGGUAGCACCCCUGGCCCCAGUAGCAACUUGCCCCUACUCUCAAGUUGUGACAAAAAAAACGUUUCUCCAGACAUCAUCAAAUAUCCUCUGAUGGGCAAAAUCACCUGCAGUUGUGAGCACUUGAUCAGUGUUAUUGCUUUCCUCCUUUUUUAAAAAAAUAUUUAUUUAUUUAUUUAUUGACAGGCAGAGUUAGUGAGAAAGAGAGAGAGAGAGAGAGAGAGAAAGGUCUUCCUACUGUUGGUUCACCCCCAAAAUGGCCGCUACAGCCAGUGCGCUGUGCUGAUCCAAAGCCAGGAGCCAGGUGCUUCUCCUGCUCUCCCAUGCGGGUGCAGGGCCCAAGCACUUGGGCCAUCCUCCACUGCCUUCCUGGGCCACAGCAGAGAGCUGGCCUGGAAGAGGAGCAACCGGGACAGAAUCUGGCACCCUGACCGGGACUAAAACCCGGGGUGCUGGUGCCAUAGGUGGAGGAUUAGCCUAGUGAGCCGUGGCGCUGGCCUAAAUUAUAUAUCUAUUUGAAAGAGCUACAGAGAGGUAGAGGCAGAGAGAAAGAUCUUCCAUCUUCUGGUUCAUUUCCUAAAUGACCACAACAGCCAAAGCUGGGCCCAUCUGAAGCCAGGAGCUUUUUCCAGGUCUCCCAGAUGUGUUCAGGGAACCAAGUACUUGGGCCAUCUUCCACUGCUUUCUUAGAGCUGGAGCUGAAGCGGAGCAGUUGGGACUUGAGCUGGUGUCCAUACGGGAUGCCAGCACUGCAGGCGGCAGCUUCACUUGCUGUCACAGUGCCGGCCCAUUACUUUCCUUCUAAUAAUUUGGGUUUGUGUAUUCUUGCUUUUCUAGUUCUUCAGCUUCAUUGUUAGGCUCUUUGAAAUCAUUGUCUCUCUCUUUUAAUUUUGAUAUAGGUGCUUAUUACUAUAAAAUUUCUUCUUGGUACUUAUGCCGUAGGUUUUGAUAUGUUGUAUUUCCAUUUUCAUUUAUUUCAAAAUUUAAAAAAUUUUCCUUUUGAUAUAUUCAUUGAUUCCUUUAUUACUCAGGUGUACAUUGUUUAAUUUCUGUUUACUUGUAUAAUUUUUGAAGUUCCUCUUGCUGAUUUCUAGUUUUAUUUCAUUGUAGUCAAAGAAGAUACAUUAUUUUAUUUUAAGUUUUUUGAACUUGUUGACACUUGUGUCCUCACAUAUGGGCCAACCUGGAGUUGUCCCAUGUGCUCAGAAUAAGACUCUUCUGCAUUGGUUGCAUACAAUGAUCUGUAAAAGUCUCUUACAUUGUUUUUUCUUUUAAGUAUAAUUUGCUUAUUUAUAAGUUUACAUAAUUUAGUUUUAAUAAUGGCUAUGUUUAGUAGCUAACUUAAAAAUUUCCUAAAAUAUUAACAAGAGAUCCUUCAUUACAUAUGAUUGCAAUGAAGGUAAACCAAGUAUAGACAAAACUUUAAAACAUCCACAGCCCAGACUCAAAUCACCUUAGUCCCUGAUUGUGUGAAGAAGGUUUUCUGUCUUCCUCCCUUUGUUAGCUGCCUGUCAGAGGACAGGAUGAGUCCUGUCUGGAAGAAGAUUACAUCAAGAGCACAAUUUUUCAUAGACAAUGUCUGACUUUCUAAAAAAUUGCCAAACAUACUAAAGUGAAGGAUUAAGGGAAAUAAAUUGAAAGGAGAAACAGAUCUAUCUAUAGAUGGUCUAGAUAUUCAGGUAUGUAAUUUAUCAGAAAGACUUUAAAAAUAACUUAUAGGAAGAUCUAAUGAAAUAGAUAACUAGAUGAGGAAUUUCACCAGAGAACUGGAAUCUGUUGUAAGUAAUAAAAUAGAUUUGGAACAAAAAAUUGCUCUAACUGACAUUAUAAACACAAGAGGUGCCUUUUGACAGUGUGUUGGGCACAGAAGAGGUAGGAUUGUGAACAGGAAUCCAGGUCAGUAAGAAAUAUCAAACUGAAGCUCGGAGAGCUUAGGAGAAAAAAAGGAAAGAGAGCAUAUAGGAAAAAUAAUACAAAAAUAUGUUUUAUAGUUUUAGGUGAAACAUGUUUUUAGAGCCACAGAAAAGAAGAAAAGGGUGAUGAAAAGAAGCAAUAUUUGAAGAGAUAAUAGCCAAUAAUUUCCCUAAACAGAAAAAACAACAAAUUAAUAAAGUGUUAGAAUUCUGAAAUAGGAUAAAUAAAAAGGAAAUCAUAUUUAAGCAUACUGUAGCAGAAUUUUUGAAAAUAAAAUGCAAGGAGAAAAUCUUAAAAACACCUUAUAAAUUAUCUUUUAAAAUAAAAAAGUAGAAUUGUUAUAUAAAUUCUAGAGGUCAAUCCUAAAAACGACCAAUAAAGUUGGCCAUGUCCAUCUAGUCUAAUCAUGAAGGAGAAAAAAGAACAUAAAAUUCAAAUCACUAGGAAUGAGAAUAGGGCAAUCCAAAGGUAUAGAAGAAAUUACUUUAAUGUAAGAGAAUAUUAUGUUUAACCCUAUUCUAAUAAGUUAUAAAUCUCAGUGAAAUGGAAAGUUUUCUGAAAAUAAAAUAAAAUAUAAAACUUGACUCAAGAAGAGUUAGAAGACCUGAAUAUCAGGAUCAAUAACUCCAGAAGAAAUUGAUUUUUCACAAAAAUCAUUAUGUGCUACUACAAACUAUGUUAUUUUAAAAUUCAUGAAAGUUUAUAAUCUUUCUUGGCAAAUGUAAAAUGCCCCUAAAACCAAGACUUGACAAGAUAUUGAAACUGUAGACUAAUCUGAUUUAUGAAAGUUGAUUGAAAGAUCCUAAAUGAAAUAAUUAGUAAAAGGAAUAUAGUAUUAUGUUGAAUGAACAGCAUAUCAUGAAAACGUAAAUAUUGUAUCAAGGAUGUAUAAUUAAUUCAGUUAUCAAACAUCUUAGGAGAAAUGUGAUAUUUUUAAUUUAUGCCCAGAAAAGACUUAAUAAAUUUUAAAAUGUACUCUUUAGUUUGAAAAGAUUCUUAAUAAGUAAAAAUAAUACUGUGUUUCAUCAAAUCUUAGAAAUGAUUUUAAGGACAUAGAGGAAAAUACCAAUGUGUUUUUUCAUAUCCUUUCUCACCAUUUAAUACAACAUGACAGUACAACACUUUUGACAUCAAAUGUUAAGGAUAUAGAAAAAAAAAACACAAAUCAAGGUGCAUUUUCCUGUUCUCAUACACUCAAUAUGAUACAGAAAACAGAAUGCUUCUUUGAUUAGAUUUGUGUGAGGUUUUCCUCACACUCUAAACAAGUGUUUCUUCAGUGUACACCAGAUGAAUGUCCUCUAACUUAAUUAAAUUCUGUCACUACCUUGUGGAGAUUGCAUCAGACUCCCUAGGUUGAGGCUCGGUCCUGCAAGACUGUCUCCUACUUCAUAUGCCAGUUGAAAGCACCAAGAGGUUUUACCUGUGUUUUUGAUGGAUCUGCUAGGCAUUAAGGUUUCCACAGCUCUCCUUGGAUAUGAUUAAUUCACUAGAGCCACUCAUAGAUCUCAGGAAAAUACUUAUAUUUAUUGGUUUAUAAUAAAAGACAUUACAGAGGCUAGAAGAGGUGAACAGUCAUAUGUAAGAGAUGCACAGGACAAGGAAUGUGGGCAGGGAAGGGAGCCUCCAUGUCCUCUCCAGGAAUACAGCCCUCCUGGCAACUGCAUAUGUUCAAAACUAAAUGUCUUUUUGGGUUUUUAUAGAAGCUUCAAUAUGUAGGAAUGAUUGAUAUCACUGGCCAUUGGUGAUCUACUUAACCUUCAGCCCUUGUCCCUUCCAGAGUUUGGGAGGUGGUACUUAAAUCCCAACUCUCUGGUCUGGCGCUGUGGAAUAACGGGUAAAACUACCACCUGCAGUGCCCUUAUCUCAUGUGGGCACUGGUUUGAUCCUGGCUGCUCCACUUCCUAUCCAGCUCUCUGUAAUGGCCUGGGAAAGCAGUAGAAGAUGGUCCAAGUCCUUGGACCCCUGUACCCACGUGGAGACCUAGAAGAAGCUCCUGGCCCCUAGCUUUGGAUUGGCCCAGCCCAUACACCUUCUCUCUCUCUCUCUCUCUCUCUCUCUCUUUCUCUCUCUCUCUUUCUUUCUUUCUCUCUCUUUCUCUCUGCCUCUGCCUCUUUGUACCUGCCUUUCAAAUAAAUAAGUAAACCUUAAAAAAAAAAAAAAUUCCAACCCUGUAAUCAUGCCUUGAUUUCUCUUGGAUCAGACCCAAUCCUGAAAAUGCCCUAAAACUGGUGGCCACCUGUCAUUUCCAGGGCAUACAAAAGACAGUCAUGGCUCCAGAGAUUCCAAAGACAUUUAGGAACUAUGUCAUGAACCAGGGAGGAAAGUGAAAUAAGUAUUUGACAAUAUCAUAGCUUUAAUUGGCAGAUUUAUAAAUAUUGUGUAUAACAUCAGAAAAAUAACUUCAGAGUAAGUGAAAUACUAUUUGGUAAUCAUAAGACACAAAAAGAUUUCAGAGAGAUUAGCAUGUUAAAAAUAAAGAGUACUUGGCCGGUGCCAUGGCUCAAUAGGCUAAUCCUCCACCUGUGGUGCCGGCACACCGAGUACUAGUCCCAGUUGGGGUGCUGGAUUCUAUCCUGGUUACUCCUCUUCCAGGCCAGCUCUCUGCUGUGGCCCGGGAAGGCAGUGGAGGAUGGCCCAAGUGCUUGAGCCCUGCACCCGCAUGGGAGAGCAGGAGAGGCACCUGGCUCCUGGCUUCAGAUCAGUGCAGUGCGCUGGCUGCAGUGGCCAUUGGGGGAUGAACCAACGGAAGGAAGACCUUUCUCUCUGUCUCUCUCACUGUCCACUCUGUGUGUAAAAAAAAAAAAAAAAAAAAAAAAAAAAAAAAAAAAAAAAGUACUCAAUAGCAUCAAUAAAUAGUGUUGAGUCAACUAGCUAACUAUUAAAAAAAUUAAAUCCCACCCUCAGUACUUUAUACUUCAAUAUCUUAUACCCCAAUAAAGGCUAGGUUAAAUAAAGUUUUAAACCAUUGAUUAAGACAGUACAAAUGCCGGCGCCGUGGCUCAGUAGGCUAAUCCUCCGCCUUGCGGCGCCGGCACACCGGGUUCUAGUCCUGGUCGGGGUGCCAGAUUCUGUCCCGGUUGCCCCUCUUCCAGGCCAGCUCUCUGCUGUGGCCCGGGAGUGCAGUGGAGGAUGGCCCAGGUGCUUGGGCCCUGCACCCCAUGGGAGACCAGGAAAAGCACCUGGCUCCUGGCUUUGGAUUGGCGCGGUGUGCCGGCCGCGGCGGCCAUUGGAGGGUGAACCAACGGCAAAAGGAAGACCUUUCUCUCUGUCUCUCUCUCUCUCUCACUGUCCACUCUGCCUUUUAAAAAAAAAAAAAAAAAAAAAAAAGACAGUACAAGUCCUAAGUGAAAAUAUUAGUGAGAAAUGUAACAUUGGAGUAUGGCUUUCUAAAGUUUCCCAAAGCAAAUAUCAAAAUGAAAAAGACAUACUGAAUUGGAUUACCUAAAUAUUUAACAUUUGUAUUUUUUUUUCAAGAUUUUUUUUUAUUUGAAAGGCAGAGUUACAGAGAGGCACAGGGAGAGAGAGACAGAGAGGUCUUCCAUCCUCUGGUUCACUCCCCAAAUGACAGCAACAGCCAGACCUGAGCCUAUCCGAAACCAGGAGCCAGGAGCUUAUUCUGGGUCUCCCACAUGGGUGCAGGAGCCCAAACACUUGGGCCAUGCUCUACUGCUUUCCCAGGCCCUAGCAGAGAGCUGGAUUGAAAGUGGAGCAGCUGGGCCUUGAACCCAGCACCCAUAUGGGAUGCCAGCACUGAAGUCAGUGGCUUUUACACAGUGCCAACCCCUAUAUUUCUGUUUCUAUAGCUCAAAAACACCAUCCACAUAAAACAGCUUAUAGGCAAACAAACUAGGAAAAUAUAUGUGGUCCACAUGAUCAACAAAAUAAUACCCAAACAGUUAAGAAAAAUAUACAUUAGAAAAAUGGGAGAAAAGGGCUGGCUCUGUGGCACAUCAGGUUAAACCACUUCCUGUAAUGUUGGCAUCCCAUAUGGGUGCUGAUUUAAAUCCUGGCUGCUCUACUUCCAAUCCAGCUUCCUGCUAAUUUAACUAGAAAAAGACAGCAGGAGAUGGCCCAAGUGCUUGUUACCCUGUUCUCAUAUGGGAGACCCAGAUGAAGUUCCUGGCUCCUGGCCUUGGCCUGGCCCAGCCCCAGCCACUGUAGCCAUUUGCGGAUGGCCAGAAGAUGGAAGAUCUGACUAUCUCUUUCUCUCCUUCUCUUUGUAACUCUGCCUUUCAGAUAAAUUCAGUAAAUCAUUUAAAAAAAAGGGAAAAAUGGAAGAAGAUAUAGAAACUUUUUCUAAUAUUUAUUUAUUUAUUUGAAAGAAUUACACAGAGAGAGGAGAGGCAGAGAGAGGUCUUCUAUCUGCUGGUUCACUCCCUAAUUGGCCUCAAUGGCCAGAGCUGCACCGAUCUGAAGCCAGGAGCCAGGAGCUUCUUCCAGGUCUCCCACACAGGUGCAGGGGCCCAAUGAGUUGGGCCGUCUUCUGCUGCUUUCCUAGGCCAUAGCAGAGAGCUGGAUCGGAAGUUGAGCAGCCAGGUCUCGAACCGGCACCCACGUGGGAUGCUGGCACUUCAGGCCAGGGCGUUAACCCACUGCCACAGUGCCGGCCCCAGAAACUUUUCAAAAUAAGAAAUACAUAUAAUUAGCUUAGGAAAAGAUUUUUCUAUUAUUAAUAAUUUUAAAAAAGUAAAACAAGGAACAGUUUUUUACCUAAGAAAUCAGUGAAGGUUUCUAGUAUCAUCAAGUCUACUGUUGCUUGGAGUGCUUUCAAAUUGUACUAGCUAUAGUAUAAACUAGUAGUUCCUUUCUGGAGAGCAAUUGAAUAGUUAUGUCAAAAUCUUACAAUGCUGUGUAUCAUUGAUCUAGCAAUUAAACUUCUAGGAAUUCAUGCUAAAAACUAUUUUAUGCAUAAUAUAUAGCUAAUAUUUUUCUAAUAUUUUUAAAGAUUUAUUUAUUUGUUUGAAAGACAGAGCUACAAAGAGGUCGAGGCAGAGAGAGAGAAAAAUCUUUCCUCCCCUGUUCACUCCCUAAAUGGCCACAAUGGCCAGAGCUGGGCUCAUCUGAAGCCAGGAGCCACGAGCUUCUUCUCUGUCUCACAUGUGGGUGUAGGGACCCAAGGACUUGGGCCAUCUUCCAUUGCUUGCCCAGCCGCAUUAGCAGGGAGCUGGAUCAGAAGUGGAGCAGCUGGGAUUUGAACCAUUGCCCAUAUGGGAUGCCAGCACUAAGGCUGCAGCUUUACCAACUACACCACAGCACUGGUCUCCUAAUAUUUUCUUAAUAUAGCUAAUAUUAAUAUUUUUAUAAUAGCAAAAAUAAUUUAAAUGUCUAAAAUAGGGGGCUAGCUAAAUGAAGUAUAUGAUAAAAAUAUAGGGGAUUCUAAUUCAGUCCUAUCAAGAUGGCACAUACCAAUGCCAUCUCACUAGUCCUAGUGAUCAAUUUCAGUUCACAAUUGAUCAUAAUGAUAGGUCUAAGAGUCAAAGAGGUCACAAACAAGACUAGUGUCUGCUAAUACUAACUGAUAGAAUCAAAAAGGGAGAGAACGAUCCAACAUGGGAAGCAGGAUACACAGCAGACUCGUAGAAUGGCAGAUGUCCAAAACCGCACUCUGGCCUCAGAAUCAGCCCUUAAGGCAUUCAGAUCUGGCUGACGAGCCCAUGAGAGUGUUUCAGGCAUGGAAAGCCAAGACACUCUGGCAAAGAAAAAAAAAAAAAAGAAAAAGAAAAAAAAAGCCUAAAUGAAAGAUCUCCGCAAGUGAGAUCCCAGUGGAAACAACGGGCCAUCAAAGAAAGAGAUACCUUUCUCUGAAGGGAGGAGAGAACUUCCACUUUGAUUAUGACCUUGCCUAAAUAAGAUUGAAGUUGGUGAACUCAAAAGGCUUCCAUAGCCUUGGCAACUCAUGACUAGAGCCUAGGGAGAUUACUGACACCAUAAACAAGGGUGUCAAAUAGUUAAGUCAACAACAGGAGUCACUGUGCACUUACUCCUCAUGUAGGAUCUCUGUCCUUAAUGUGUUGUACAAUGUGAGCUAAUGCUAUAACUAGUACUGAAACAGUAUUUUACACUUUAUGUUCUGUGUGGGUGCAAACUGAUGAAAUCUUUACUUAAUAUAUACUAAAUUGAUCUUCUGCAUAUAAAGAUAAUUGAAAAUGAAUCUUGAUGUGAAUGGAAUGGGAGAGGGAGCGGGAGAUGGGAGGGUUGUGGGUGGGAGGGAAGUUAUGGGGGGGGAAAGCCAUUGUAAUCCAUAAACUGUACUUUGGAAAUUUAUAUUUACUAAAUACAAUUUAAAAAAAAGAAUGAAUAUUUCAUCAUUUAGGAAGAAAUUUAAAAUAAUUGAGAUGUUUGAAAAUCAGUAUUAACACAUGAUUGUCGCUCCCCCUCUUCGUGGAGGAGCGACACAGGACCCUGCGCUGUUCUUUCUGUCUGCUCGGCCCUCCCCGGGUUUGCUGCUGGUUCUUCCCGGGUUGGCUACUAUCCCUUCCACCUCCGUGGAAGGGCAGUUCCCCCUGGCCACAUUCCCCACCUCCGCAGGGGAGCGUCACACUGCCGGCCGGUUCUCUCGGGGGCUGCACAGGUGUUCCUUCAGCUAGAUGUUCCCCUUAGAUGUUCCCCAUAGAUGUUCCUGGUGCAUGCCGUCUCUCUCCUCCUUUAUAGUCCUCCUCCGCCAAUCCUAACUCGGCUGCCCACACGCCGAGUACGCUGCUCUCCUCCAAUCAGGAGCAAGUCCUACAGUUUAUUAGUUGAACUGGAGGCAGCUGUGCGGAAGCUGUUUACUUCUCUCCCAGCGCCAUAUUGUGGGAGAGCAGAUGCAUAGAAUAAGUCUUAAUUCCAGUAACUCAGUCUAGUCCGGGUUGCUCCCCACAGAUCCCCCUUUCUUUUUAUUUUUGGCGUUGAUACGCGCCUGUCUUCGGUGUCCCGCGGCACACACUCUGCUCUACUUGCUAGAGUUGCCACAGGCUCUUACAAGUCCUAUCAGGCAAACCGAAUCCGGGUCCUCUCUUCGCCAUGUUAUGAGGAGGUUUUUAGGUGCUGAUGCGUGCCUGUGUUCGGUGCCCCGCAGCGCAUGCUCUGCUCUGCCUGCAGGGGCUUACAAGCUCUAUCAGGCAAACCGAAUCCAAGCCUUCUCAUUGCCGUAUUGUGGGGGAGACUUAUUAGUGUUGGUUCGUGCCUAUCUUCGGUGACCUGCAGCUCAUACUCUGGUCAAGCUGCUUGCUGGUGCUUACCGCCUUAAUUAGGCAGACCGAAUCCAAGCUUUCUCAUUGUUGUAUUGUGGGGAAGCCUUACUGAUGUUAAUUCGUGCCUGUCUUCGGUGACCUGCGGUGCAUAAGCUGCUAGCUGCCCGCAGGUGCUCAUCGCCUCACUUAAUCGGGCAGACCGAAUCCAAGCCUUCUAAUUGCCAUGUUGAGGGGAGGCCUUUCUAUUUCUCUAUUUCUCUAUCUCCGGGCAUUCCUAUUUCUCCCAUUCCACUUCUAUCUUCCAGCAUUCCUAUUUCUCUCACUUUACUUCUAAAACUUUUGUUUCUCUUAUCCCCGCGGCUUUCCGGCACCUCGCCCUGCCGGCAGCUUCACGGCUCUGCGCGGCUUCCCGGCGCCUCGCCCCGCCCCGAGGCGGCUUCUCGGCGCCUCGCCGGCUCUGAGCCGCUUCAGCCCGCGCCCCUCAUCUGCGCGGCUUCUGGGCUCUGCGCGGCUCGGCUUUGCGCGCACACUCCGCGGUCUCCACGCUAGCCCCGCGUUCCCUAUCUACUUGUGCCCCGCACGCUCUCUCUGCGCGCGGCAGCCUCCACGGGAGUCACACAGCGUAGCUUACGUGUCCGCCACUAGCAUUCAAUCUAAGUUCCCCGGGCUAGCCUGGCGAAUUCAACCCAGCAUACGUCUCCGCCCCACGGUUUGGCUUCCCGUCCUUUGCUCCCCGGGCUAAUCAGACAGAUCCCAAUCUGGCUUACGUUUCAGCUUCUGGUUUCAACUUUUCGCCCCCUAUUCCCGGGCUAACUUGAGAACCCCAAAGUGGCUUUCGUAUCCGCCUCGGCCUGCCCCCCGCGGCUUCAAUUUCCCUAACACUUUUCUCUACCCGGUAUGUUUCCCUAAGUUUUCUUCCAACAAUAUUCCUCCCUCAUUUCUCCUGGCCUCUCCCCACAGUCCGUAUCCGAGUCUGUUCUAGCUUUCACUUUCGCUUUCAACCUUAGAGAUUUCUCCCAGCUUCCCCCCGUAGUCCGUAUCCGAAUCUAUGCCUAGGCUUUCAAUAGCUUCUUCCGGCACCCUUUUCGUCCGGCUUUUCCCUAGGCUGUUUGCUAGUCUCUCUCUCCGAUAUUUUCCCUAGGCUGUUUGCUAGUCUCUCUCUCCAAUAUUUUCCCAGUUCUUCCCGUUUCUUCCCUCCUAAGUUUCAUAUCCGUCCUAGGUUUCCUAUCCGAGUCAUUUCUUCCCUCCUAAGUUUCCUAUCCAUCCUAGGUUUCCUAUCCGAGCUAGGUUUCCUAUCCGAGUCACGGCACCAUUAUGUCGCUCCCCCUCUUCGUGGAGGAGCGACACAGGACCCUGCGCUGUUCUUUCUGUCUGCUCGGCCCUCCCCGGGUUUGCUGCUGGUUCUUCCCGGGUUGGCUACUAUCCCUUCCACCUCCGUGGAAGGGCAGUUCCCCCUGGCCACAUUCCCCACUUCCGCAGGGGAGCGUCACACUGCCGGCCGGUUCUCUCGGGGGCUGCACAGGUGUUCCUUCAGCUAGAUGUUCCCCUUAGAUGUUCCCCAUAGAUGUUCCUGGUGCAUGCCGUCUCUCUCCUCCUUUAUAGUCCUCCUCCGCCAAUCCUAACUCGGCUGCCCACACGCCGAGUACGCUGCUCUCCUCCAAUCAGGAGCAAGUCCUACAGUUUAUUAGUUGAACUGGAGGCAGCUGUGCGGAAGCUGUUUACUUCUCUCCCAGCGCCAUAUUGUGGGAGAGCAGAUGCAUAGAAUAAGUCUUAAUUCCAGUAACUCAGUCUAGUCCGGGUUGCUCCCCACAAUGAUCCUAUAUAUGCAUAUAGAUAGAUAAUUUAAAAGGUUAUGUACCAAAAGUUGGCUAGCUAUCUCCUGAAGGUAGAAUUGUAGGCAAUUUUAUUUCUUAACUGUGCUUUUUAAUUUUUCUUAAUUACCCACAUAUUUUGGGUUAUAUAGGUAUUAUUUUUAUAUUACGUUACUCAACGUGUUACAGAGUCUGAACAAUUAAUCUUAAAAACUUACUUUGAAAACUUUGAUCUUUUUCCAAGUAUAAUUUGAGUGAAUGGAAUGGGAUGCAGAUUUAUCUUUGAGGACCCAAAUCUAUCUUGCCCAUUUAUUCCCAUCUCAAGAAGAUGUUUUACCCAGUGCCUUAUCUUAUAAGUUGUUGCUGCUUCUUUAUUUUCUCUUUUACCCCUCGUUGACUGGCAGUGAUAUCCUAGGAAAGGUGCUAGUAGGAUCUGGGACUGCUUAACCCUUCUAUUGACUUACUUUCUCUCAGUUUCCUUCUUCAGGCACUGUUUCAGAUUUUCUCCCUCCUCUUGAUAACCUUCAAUCUUCAUAUAGUACUAAAUGGUCCUACUCCCAGUUACCUGGAGAUAAUGGAUAAGGUUUUAGACACUGAGAUUAAAAGAUUUGUAUUGAUUUCUAAACAGAUUUAUUUCAUAAAGUGUUAAUCGUGUGGAAGGAAUUGGGUAUAUUUUAAAAACUUGCAUUGAAGGCUCACUGUAUACCAAAUAUCAUUUUAAGCACUUUGGAGAAAAUUACCUUCUUUAUUCUUCACAACUUAAAUAGAAAAUCAGAGCUCACAAAGGGCUUGUAGUUUAUUCAAGAUCGCACUGGCAGUAAGAGAUGGAACCAGGAUGCAAAUUUAGGGCUGUCUGGUCCUUAAGGCACUCCUCAGCUUUUAGACUGUGCUAUAAUUCUUCCCUGUAUUCUGGCUGAUUAUUCUUUUUGCUGAGUAAUUCACCAUCUGGUAGCUAUCAUUCUGUAGUGUUCAUUGGUGCUAAUUUUCUGAUGAUGGCCAAGUGACUAUAUUUGGAUUUUAAAGUGGAGAAAGCUAUGAUUAAAGUGUAAUACAUGUGAGGUUAAAGUCAACUUUCCCUACUUUGCUGUGUGUGACUUUGGAUAAACUGCUUAACCUCUAUGAGCCUUAAUUUCCUGAUUUGUAAAAAGAAGAUGGUAUAAAGUCAUGAGACUUCUGAGAGGAUCAAGUAAAUAAUGCUGAAAUGUUUUGUAAAUGUAAAAACACUGUAAAUCGGGAGCAUUGAAAGUAAAACAGUAUAAGGACUGAUACAGAGUAAAUAGCAACUCUCAAAACUAAGUUCAGGAAAAGGGAGGCAUGCCACUCAUUUAGAAUAGAGACCAGAGAUCUGUUUGGUAAAUUCUGCUUUAAAAUUCCAGAAAGUUCUGUGUUUGCUGAAGAGUUCAUAUUCUGGAGGUUGCUGCAGGUUGGUGUUGAUGCUAACCAGUAGUAAUUUGCUACAGGGAAGUAUGGGCAGAAGAGUGAUUUUGUUUUUCAAGACAAAGUCAGAUAUAGGGAAACCCAGGAGAAAAUAGAUAGUAAAACCAAUUUCUUACCAGUUGCCCAGAUUGUAUCCAGAGCAUUCUGUUGCUCACUACAAGACCUUCAUUUUAAAAGGUUUACAGGCAUAAUGGACCAUAUUCAGAGAAAAGCAACCGAUGGUUCAAAGAUUCUAAAUCAUGUCACUUUGAAGAGAUGAUGGAAGAAAAUUGAAAAUGCUUAGCCCAAAGAGAAAGAUUAUGGAACCAUCAUGGUCUGCUUCAAUAGUUUGCAAAUCUAGUCAUCCGUUAGAACCACAGAUUCCAAACUUAGCCCCACUAAGUUCUGAUUUGGCAAGAUUGUAGUGAAGCCCAGAAUCAAUCUUCAUGUCCCAGCCCAUCUCCCCAGCUAUGUGUGUGUGUGUGUGUGUGUGUGUGUGUGUGUGUGUAUGUGUUUAAGCUCUCUCAGAAUUCUUAUACUUCAUUGCCAUGAGUCUAUAUGAGGCUUAAAUAAGAUCAGCCUUAGGGUGAUGUCAAUAACCAUCUAACAAACACUACAAUUAGUAGACAGCGCUGAAAAGCUUUAUCAACUAUCUGUGAAAUUGGUGAAAAAGCUAUUACUAAAGAUUAAUGUUUAAAUGUUGGCCUAGAAAGAUAGAUCAUGGAUUCUUUUGGAAGCCUAGAUGGAUCUGAGGUUUUAAAAUUUAAGAUACCUAAAAUGUCAGGUGUAUCAGUGUUCUAGGAUAUACUAGUAUGUAGCAUUUGCAAAAAAUUUUGACACAGAAUCUUUUAUUAAUUAAAGAACAUAUUAUGAGGCCAGUGUUGCUUAUAACAUGCACUGGGAAGUGCUAAAGUAGGCUGAGAUGACACUCAAUUUAGUACAAUGCUAACUAGUAGUAAUUUGCUAAGGAUAAGUGUUGGAAGAAGAGUGAUUCUAGCCAAGUGAGAUAUGUAGAUACCAUGGCAGGGCCGAGCAAGGCUAUGACAUGAUGCAGAGACUCAGGAGAAUAAGAACCAGUCAUUUGGCUUGGCACUGUAUUCCAACUUGAUGGAAGUAUAAGUAGUAGUGAAAAUACUGUUGCAAAGAUGUUAGGAUAUUAUCUCAUGUUUGCAAACCACAAGCUGAACUUGAGAUGAUGUGGUAAAAUAUUUAAAAUUGGAAUCAUAUCAGAAAAUACAGUCCAUUGUAGUUAAGUCAUUACAGUUAAGGCAAGAACAGUGAAGGAAGAAAAACAGGCUUAAGGAAAAAAAAAGCUUUUUUAAAAUUUUUUUGAUAAGUUGAAGAAGAUUAUAAGGCAAGAUGUAUUUAAGGUGCUAGAAAAUUAGGAGAAAGAUUUAAAUAACAGAUAGAAUAAACUGGAAAAGGAAGUUGUUUUUUUUUUCUCCUUCUGGGAGAUAAUAGAAAAAAAACUAACAAUUUUUCUUCUAUGAGAUUAGUUUUCAAUAUUCCAGUUUUUGGAUUACCUAGUUUCUUUGCUUGUAUCCUGUCCAGGAUGCUUGCCACAGAGUAGGAGUUGAGUACAUAGCAGCAGUGUUGCUGUUGUUAAUGCUAUUUGACCAUUUUACUGCUUUGUACUGCCACCAGUGAGUAGACAAAGAGGAGAGUCAAUUAACAUCAAACUAGAUAACUCUAAUUGAUUUAUCAAUCCCAUAUUUCAUGAUCAUGAAUUAGCUGACUGUAGUCCAUGGCUCCUUCUGCUAUUUAUAUUUUAUCUUUAUUAUCUUGCACUGUACUUGGACAGACCCACACUUGUUAAUUCAUGUCUUGGUUUGUUUUUCAAUGGUUAUUCUAGUUGUAAUUUUUCUGCUGUAAGGAAUGUUGGCUUUCUGCUGCUGGAGAUUUGCACAUUUUACUUCUGUGUACUCACUUAAGUAUAUAGUGUUAAUGGCAGUCGCAUGACUCAUAGUCUGCAUAAGCAUAAAUUAACUAGGGUACUUGUGUGGUGUGCCCUCUUUGAGAUUGCUCUGAAGACCACCCAGAAGGCAGAAUUUACAGAGACUGCAAAGACUCAUUGAAUUUAAGAAACCUAGCAGCACUGACUGACCAAUUACACCUGCAUCCUUGAGUAUGAACCAAGGCUACCCAUUUGCUCUAGAUUGAGGUUCAGACUGUUGAUCUUGAACUAUAAAGGGCUUUAUGGGCUGAAUUAUGGCUACUUUAAACAAGACUUCUUCUUUCAAAUAGAGUGCUUUGCACAUAGUGAGCACUCCAUAAAUGCUCUUGACUGACUAUGACUUAAUAAAUGUUUUAGGUCUUCCAGUGAACUUCUUUUCCUGGUUUCCAGAUUUGACAGGAGACUUCUUGGUAUUGAAUCUUUGUCUUUAAUAUUAGUAUUGCUUGGAGGUUUAAAGCACUGUAAUUUUACUGACUACAUGAAGUUCAUCUUUUUGGUGAUGAAUCUUUUUAGGUGGUUUGUUGGCACAGUAUGAGUAAUUUAUAGAAUCUAAGGUUUUAUAAUUUGAUUCAUGUGUUCAGCAUAGCUGUAAAAUGAAACAGUAGUUUUAAGAAGUUUACCAAGAAAGUAGUAUAUGUAUUAUUUUUUGCCCUGGCACUGGUCUUUUUCUGGCAUAUUUUAUUUGUUUGAUGUUUAGUUCAGUGUUUUCCACAAAAAUAACUUUAUAACAAUGAUGCAUAAAAACUUCAGUGUGGAAGUUUGUUUGAUGGAGGGAAAAUAUUUUACUUCCUUAUUAUGCAAAAAGUUAUUUUUGGAAAUUAAUAAUAACAAAUUGGAGUAAUUAGAAAGUUACUUUGUUAUUUUCAGUAUGAGAGGUUUUUCUCUGCUUUCAAGAGAUACCAUCUGGGUUGGUGUUGCUCAGGAUUAUCUGGAGAACGUAAAAGUAUAGAUUUUCAAAUUUUGUGUUCUGUGCUUUUUUUUUUUAAGAUUUAUUUAUUUUAUUUGAAAGGCAGAGUUACAGAGAGAGAGAGAGAGAGAGAGAGAGAGAGAGAGAGGUCUAACAUCCGCUGGUUCACUACCCAGAUGGCCACAAUUGCAGGAGCUGCGCCGAUCUGAAGCCAGGAGCCACAAGCUUCUUCCGGGUCUUUCACACGGGUGCAGGGAUCCAAAGAUUUGGGCCAUCUUCUACCGCUUUCCUAGGCUACAGCAGAGAGCUGGAUUGGAAGUGGAGCAGCUGGGUCUCCAACUGGUGCCCACAUAGGAUGCUGGCAUUGCAGGUGGCGGAUUUACCCGCUACACCACAGCACUGGCCCCUUCUGUGCUUUUCAAACAUUUGAUGUAAUUUGGAUAAUCACACAUUUCUAGAAUCAUUAGUUUGGAUCUAGAAAACCAGUGAUUUAGUACUAUUUUUUUGUCACAAAAUUAGGUAAAAACCACCUCUUUCUGAGAAAAUUAUAUGCUUUAUUAUAAAGUAGGCUUUAAGUAUCUCUAAGAUUAAAAAAAAAGAGAGAGAAAAAUACACUGAUCUGAGGUUCUUUGUGGAACCUUGCAGCUUUCAGUUUCUUACUGGUCUGUUUUAUAUUUCUUGCUGCAGUUUUACAAUCAGCUAUUUUUCCAAGGAGUCCUUUGUUUUUAUUUUUUGUUUGUUUUUAAGAGAAUAGUAUUAGAAACCAAGAACUAUAUGCUGGAUAGGCUCUCUGCUUUGACUUUUGUCCCACUGUCAUUCAUUCUUCACACUGCAUGAUGAAAGUUUAAAUAAAUUCAACUAGAGGCGGAGCCAAGAUGGCGGAAUAGUGAGGGCGCGCACCGAUAGUCCGGGAAAAUUUAGUUUAAUAAAAGGGGAGUUACGGUAGCCUCAGAAAAAAGAACCAGGAAAAUAUUGCAGAGGAAACUCUUCUGGAUUGAGUGGCCGCGAAUUGGAGGACCUACUGGGAGAACAAGGUCGCCCACCGCGCGGAAGCCGAGCCGCGGGACCGAGCCACGGAAGCCGAGCCGCGGGACCGAGCUGCGCGCCAGUGCUCGAUGGGGAGUGCGUGCCACACAGACAACAGCGGGGAGACUUGGGACAUCCAGGGCUCCGAGUCCACACAUCAGUGCUGGAAGGGGAGCGGACCUGCGUGGAGAGCGUGGGAGCCCACAGUUUGGGACACCAGUGGCAGACUCAACACACCAGCGCUGGAACGCGAGGUGAGCCGAACCUCAAUAGCCCGAGACACCGGCAGGCAAGCGGAGAGAGGAGACUAGAGGGAACGACCCCCGGGGGGGGGGGGGAAACUCCACCAGGCUACCUGGAAGGGAGAGAGAGGAAAAAAAAAAAAAAAGGUGACUGGUACGGACAUGGGUUUCUCUCUCUCCGCUCACCUCUCAAGGGCGAGCAAGACAAAGAGCAGGCACCAUCUUGGACAUACGUCAUAAGCAGAGCGACCUCAGGUCUGCACCGGCCCUGAGCCUAGCAGAAAAACCUGACUCUGGGCGGGGCAAAUUAACAGGAGAUUAGGACCUAGUAAAUUUGUGGUGCUACUGAACUGAGACUGUGAAAAAAGAGACGGUGGGGGAGAGAACUCACGGAAUUCACGUGAGCACUCUCCAGAGACGCUACAAUUCCAUAACUUUGGCAACCCAGUGGGAGACUGAAGGAGAAUUUGAGCCCACUCUGAGGGCCGAACAGAUUCCCUGUGUGGUCCUUGGGAAAGAGCUUCUGAUCUCUGGCUCCUGUGGGUAUAUCAUUUGCCUGCUAACUACCUCCAACUUCGUUCAGCUGUGCAGAAUAACUUCCCUUUUGAAUCAAAAAAAAAAAAAAAAGAAAGAGAGAGAGAGGUUUACCACGCCUAACCUGGGAGUGUCACCUUUGGCACACCAAACAGAGCUCUCAGGCCACACCCAUCUCAAGCCCUAAGGCUCCAUCAAAAACAGAUAGUCCACUUAAUCUAGAGUCAUAGUAUAACAAGAAAAAGCACCACAGUGAAGAAACCAAAUAUCUCCAAUAUGCCAAAUAACAAAUGCAAAAACCAAGGUAAUAAAAACAAGGAAGUCACCAUGAAGCCCUCAAAUGAAAAAGACACCCCAAUUCAAGAUUAUGAGGAUGAUGACAUAGAAGAAAUGCAAGAAGCAGAUCUCAAAAAAUUGAUAAGAACAUUAAGAAGUUCUCAAAAACAAAUUCUUGAACUACAGAAAUCCUUAAUGGACAAGAUAGAAAAUCUCUCUCGUGAAAAUGAAAUAUUAAGGAGGAAUCAAAAUGAAACGAAACAACUAGUACAACAGGAAACUGGGAUAGUGACUGAAGUGAAGAAUUCAAUAGAUCAAAUGAAAAACACAAUAGAGAGCCUUACAAACAGAAUGGGUGAAGCAGAAGAGAGAAUAUCGGACUUAGAAGACAGAGAACAGGAAAGGAUACAGUCAGACCAAAGAAAAGAAGAGGAAAUUAGGAAUCUAAAACAUAUUGUUGGGAAUCUUCAGGAUACUAUUAAAAAACCCAACAUUCGGGUUCUAGGAGUUCCUGAAGGCAUGGAGAGGGAGAAAGGAUUAGAAGGCCUUUUUAGUGAGAUAUUAGCAGAAAAUUUCCCAGGUUUGGAGAAGGACAGAGAAAUCCUAGUACAGGAAGCCCACAGAACCCCUAAUAAACACGACCAAAAGAGAUCCUCACCACGACACGUGGUAAUUAAACUCUCCACAGUGAAACAUAAAGAAAAGAUCCUAAAAUGUGCAAGAGAGAAACGUCAGAUUACUCUCAGAGGAUCUCCAAUCAGACUCACAGCUGACUUAUCAGAAACUCUACAAGCUAGGAGGGAAUGGCGAGAUAUAGCCCAGGUACUAAGAGAGAAAAACUGCCAGCCCAGAAUAUUAUAUCCUGCAAAGCUAUCAUUUGUGAAUGAAGGUGAAAUAAAGACUUUUCAUAGCAAACAGAAAUUGAAAGAAUUUGUUGCCACUCGUCCAGCCCUGCAAAAGAUGCUUAAAGAUGUGUUACACACAGAAACAAAGAAACACGGUCAUCAAUAUGAAAGAAGGUAAAGGAAGGAAACCAAGGAAGGAAAGCUCACAGCAAAAGAUCACAGGGAAUUCAAAGCAUAUAUUAGAACUUAUCUUUGGCAAAUGGCAGGGCAAAGUUACCACUUAUCAUUAGUCACAUUGAACGUGAAUGGCCUGAACUGUCCAGUUAAAAGACACCGAUUGGCUGAUUGGGUUAAGGAACAAAACCCAUCUAUUUGCUGCUUACAAGAAACACAUCUUUCCAACAAAGAUCCAUACAGACUGAAAGUGAAAGGCUGGAAAAAGAUAUACCAUGCCAACAGAAAUGAAAAAAGAGCGGGUGUAGCCAUCUUAAUUUCAGACAACAUAAACUUUACCACAAAAACCGUUAAGAGAGACAAAGAGGGACACUACAUAAUGAUUAAGGGAUCAAUUCAACAGGAAGAUAUAACAAUUAUCAAUGUAUAUGCACCUAACUACAGGGCACCGGUUUAUCUAAAAGAUUUGUUAACGGACUUAAAGGGAGACUUAGACCCCAAUACAAUAGUACUGGGGGACUUCAAUACUCCACUCUCAGAAAUAGACAGAUCAACUGGACAGAAGAUCAACAAGGAUACAGUAGAUUUAAACGACACUAUAGCCCAAAUGGAUCUAACAGAUAUAUACAGAACUUUCAAUCCUACAGCUAAAGAUUUUACAUUCUUCUCAGCAGUACAUGGAACCUUCUUUAGGAUUGACCACAUACUAGGCCAUAAAGCAAGUCUCAGCAAAUUCAAAAGAAUUAGAAUCAUACCAUGCAGCUUCUCAGACCAUAAAGGAAUGAAGUUGGAAAUUAGCAACUCAGGAAUCCCUAGAGCAUACGCAAACACAUGGAGAUUGAACAACAUGCUCCUGAAUGAACAAUGGGUCAUAGAAGAAAUCAAAAGAGAAAUCAAAAACUUUCUGGAAGUAAAUGAGGAUAACAGCACAACAUACCAAAACUUAUGGGACGCAGCAAAAGCAGUGUCAAGAGGAAAGUUUAUAUCAAUAGGUGCCUACAUCAAGAAAUUGGAAAGGCACCAAAUAGAUGAGCUUUCAAUUCACCUCAAGGAUCUAGAAAACCUACAGCAAACCAGACCCAAAUCUAGUAGGAGAAGAGAAAUAAUUAAAAUCAGAGAAGAAAUCAACAGGAUUGAAUCAAGAAAAACAUUCCAAAAAAUCAGCCAAACGAAGAGCUGGUUUUUUGAAAAAAUAAACAAAAUUGACACCCCAUUGGCCCAACUAACCAAAAAAAGAAGAGAAAAGACCCAAAUCAAUAAAAUCAGAGAUGAAAAAGGAAACGUAACAACAGACACCACAGAAAUAAAAAGAAUCAUCAGAAAUUACUACAAGGACUUGUAUGCCAGCAAACAGGGAAACCUAUCAGAAAUGGAUAGAUUCCUGGACACAUGCAACCUACCUAAAUUGAACCAGGAAGACAUCGAAAACCUAAACAGACCCAUAACUGAGACAGAAAUUGAAACAGUAAUAAAGGCCCUCCCAACAAAGAAAAGCCCAGGACCAGAUGGAUUCACUGCUGAAUUCUACCAGACAUUUAAAGAAGAACUAACUCCAAUUCUUCUCAAACUAUUCAGAACAAUCGAAGAAGAGGGAAUCCUCCCAAAUUCUUUCUAUGAAGCCAUCAUCACCUUAAUUCCUAAGCCGGAAAAAGAUGCAGCACUGAAAGAGAAUUACAGACCAAUAUCCCUGAUGAACAUAGAUGCAAAAAUCCUCAAUAAAAUUCUCGCCAAUAGAAUGCAGCAACACAUCAGAAAGAUCAUCCACCCAGACCAAGUGGGAUUUAUCCCUGGUAUGCAGGGAUGGUUUAAUGUGCGCAAGACAAUCAAUGUGAUACACCACAUUAACAGACUGCAGAAGAAAAACCAUAUGAUUAUAUCAAUAGAUGCCGAGAAAGCAUUAGAUAAAAUACAGCACCCGUUCAUGAUGAAAACUCUAAGCAAACUGGGUUUGGAAGGAACAUUCCUCAAUACAAUCAAAGCAAUCUAUGAAAAACCCACAGCCAACAUCCUAUUGAAUGGGGAAAAGUUGGAAGCAUUUCCACUGAGAUCUGGUACCACACAGGGAUGUCCACUCUCACCACUGCUAUUCAAUAUAGUUCAGGAGGUUCUAGCCAGAGCUAUUAGGCAAGAAAAAGAAAUUAAAGGGAUACAAAUUGGGAAGGAAGAACUCAAACUAUCCCUCUUUGCAGAUGACAUGAUUCUUUAUUUAGGGGACCCCAAGAACUCUACUAAGAGACUAAUGGAACUCAUAGAAGAUUUUGGCAAAGUAGCAGGGUAUAAAAUCAAUGCACAAAAAUCAACAGCCUUUGUAUACACAGACAAUGCCAUGGCUGAGGAAGAACUUCUAAGAUCAAUCCCAUUCACAAUAGCUACAAAAACAAUCAAAUACCUUGGAAUAAACUUAACCAAGGACGUUAAAGAUCUCUACGAUGAGAAUUACAAAACCUUAAAGAAAGAAAUAGAAGAGGAUACCAAGAAAUGGAAAAAUCUUCCAUGCUCAUGGAUUGGAAGAAUCAAUAUCAUCAAAAUGUCCAUUCUCCCAAAAGCAAUUUAUAAAUUCAAUGCAAUAGCAAUCAAGAUACCGAAGACCUUCUUCUCAGAUCUGGAAAAAAUGGUGCUGAAAUUUAUAUGGAGGCACAAGAGACCUCGAAUAGCUAAAGCAAUCUUGUACAACAAAAACAAAGCCGGAGGCAUCACAAUACCAGAUUUCAGGACAUACUACAGGGCAGUUGUAAUCAAAACAGCAUGGUACUGGUACAGAAACAGAUGGAUAGACCAAUGGAACAGAAUUGAAACACCAGAAAUCAACCCAAACAUCUACAGCCAACUUAUAUUUGAUCAAGGAUCUAAAACCAAUUCCUGGAGCAAGGACAGUCUAUUCAAUAAAUGGUGCUGGGAAAAUUGGAUUUCCACGUGCAGAAUCAUGAAGCAAGACCCCUACCUUACGCCUUACACAAAAAUCCACUCAACAUGGAUUAAAGACCUAAAUCUACGACCUGACACCAUCAAGUUAUUAGAGAACAUUGGAGAAACCCUUCAAGAUAUUGGCACAGGCAAAGAGUUUCUGGAAAAGACCCAGGAGGCACAGGCAGUCAAAGCCAAAAUUAACUAUUGGGAUUGCAUCAAAUUGAGAAGUUUCUGUACUGCAAAAGAAACAGUCAGGAGAGUGAAGAGACAACCGACAGAAUGGGAAAAAAUAUUUGCAAACUAUGCAACAGAUAAAGGGUUAAUAACCAGAAUCUACAAAGAGAUCAAGAAACUCCACAAAAACAAAACCAACAACCCAAUUAAGAGAUGGGCCAAGAACCUCAAUAGACAUUGUUCAAAAGAGGAAAUCCAAAUGGCCAACAGGCACAUGAAAAAAUGUUCAAGGUCAUUAGCAAUCAGGGAAAUGCAAAUCAAAACCACAAUGAGGUUUCACCUCACCCCAGUUAGAAUGGCUCACAUUCAGAAAUCUACCAACAACAGAUGCUGGCGAGGAUGUGGGGGAAAAGGGACACUAACCCACUGUUGGUGGGAAUGCAAACUGGUCAAGCCACUAUGGAAGUCAGUCUGGAGAUUCCUCAGAAACCUGAAGAUAACCCUACCGUUCGACCCAGCCAUCCCACUCCUUGGAAUUUACCCAAAGGAAUUUAAAUUGGCAAACAAAAAAGCGGUCUGCAGCCUAAUGUUUAUUGCAGCUCAAUUCACAAUAGCUAAGACCUGGAACCGACCUAAAUGCCCAUCAACGGUAGACUGGAUAAAGAAAUUAUGGGAUAUGUACUCUUUAGAAUACUAUACCGCAGUAAGAAACAACGAAAUCCAGUCAUUUGCAACAAAAUGGAGGAAUCUGGAACACAUCAUGCUGAGUGAAAUAAGCCAGUCCCAAAGGGACAAAUACCAUAUGUUCUCCCUGAUCGGUGACAACUGACUGAACACCAAAAAGGAAACCUGUUGAAGUGAAAUGGACACUAUGGGAAACGGUGACUUGAUCAGCAUAGCCCUGACUGUUAAUGAACAACUUAAUACAUUAUCCCUCUUAGUAGUUUUUUUUUUGUCUGUUCUACUUAAUAUGACUGGUUUAAUUCUGUAAUUAAUACACAGUUAUUCUUAAGUGUUAAAAAUUAACUGAAAUGUGAUCCCUGUUAAACAUAAGAGUGGGGAUAAGAGAGGGAAGAGAUAUAUAAUUUGGGACAUGCUCAAGCUGACUUGCCCCAAAUGGUAGAGUUAGAAACAUACCAGGGGAUUCCAAUUCAAUCCCAUCAAGGUGGCAUGUACCAAUGCCAUCUCACUAGUCCAAGUGAUCAAUUUCAGUUCACAAUUGAUCAUAAUGAAAGGACUAAGAGUCAAAGGGAGCACAUAAACAAGUCUAGUACCUGCUAACACUAACCGAUAGAAUAAAUAAAGGGGAGAGUGAUCCAACAUGGGAAGCGAGAUACUCAGCAGACUCAUAGAAUGGCGGAUGUCCUAAAAAGCACUCUGGCCUCAGAAUCAGCCCUAAAGGCAUUCGGAUCUGGCUGAAAAGCCCAUGAGAGUAUUUCAGGCAUGGAAAGCCAAGACACUCUGGCAAAAGAUCUCUGUGAGUGAGAUCUCAGUGGAAAGAACAGGUCUUCAAAGAAGGAGGUACCUUUCUCUGAAGGGAGGAGAGAACCUCCACUUUGACUAUGACCUUGUCUAAACAAGUUAAGAAUCGGAGAACUCAGAGGGCUUCCAUAGCCUUGGAAACUCAUGACUGGAGCAUAGGGAGACUACUGAUGCCAUAGACAGGAGUGUCAAUUGGUAAAGUCAACAACAGGAGUCACUGUGCACUUACUCCUCAUGUAGGAUCUCUGUCCUUAAUGUGCUGUGUAUUGAGAUUUAAUGCUAUAACGAGUACUCAAACAAUAUAUUUCACUUUGUGUUUCUAUGGGGGUGCAAACUGUUGAAAUCUUUACUUAAUGUAUACUAAACUGAUCCUCUGUAAAAAAAAAAAAAAAAAGAAAAAAAGAAAUGAUCAACUCCCAACUUGACUCUCACUGGGAUUAAACAUGACAAUAGGUCUGAUCUGAUUUCAUCAUCAUUUAAAAAAAUCAUCUAUUAUUUUUCACUUUAUGUUUCUGUGUGAGAGCAAACUGUUGAAAUCCUUACUUAAUGUAUACUAAGCUGAUCUUCUGUAUAUUAAGAUAAUCGAAAAUGAAUCCUCAUGUGAAUGGAAGGGGAGAGGGAAUGGGAAAGGGGAGGGUAGUGGGUGGGAGGGACGGUAUGUGGGGGAAGCCAUUGUAAUGCAUAAAUCGUACUUUGGAAAUUUAUAUUCAUUAAAUAAAAGUUAAAAAACAAACAAACAAACAAACAAAAAAAUAAAUUCAACUAGAAUUUGAUCUUUUUUUCUACUUUUAUUUAAUAAAUAUAAAUUUCCAAAAUACAAAUUUUAGAUUAUAGUGGCUUUUCCCCCCGUAACCUCCCUCCCACUCACAACCAUCCCAUCUCCCGCUCCCUCUCCCAUCCCAUUCUUCAUCAAGAUUCAUUUUCAAUUAUCUUUAUAUGCAGAAGAUCAACUUAGUAUAUACUAAGUAAAGGUUUCAACAGUUCGUAUCCACACAGAUACACAAAGUAUAAAAUACUGUUUGAGUAGUACUUUUACCAUUAAUUCGCACGUACAACAUGUUAAGGAAAGAGAUCCUACAUGGGGAGUAGGUGCACAGUGACUCCGGUUGUUGAUUUAACAAUUGACACUCUUGUUUAUGACAUCAGUAAUCACCCGAGGCUCUUGUCAUGAGCUGCUAAGGUUGUGGAAGCCUCUUGAGUUCACAAACUCUGAUGUUAUUUAGACAAGGCCAUAGUCAAAGUGGAAGUUCUAUCCUCCCUUCAGAGAAAGAUACUUCCUUCUUUGAUGGCCCGUUCUUUCUGCUGGGAUCUCACUCACAGAAAUCUUUCAUUUAGGUUUUUUUUUUCUUUUUUUUUUCUUUGCCAGAGUGUCUUGGCUUUCCAAGCCUGAGAAACUCUCAUGGCCUUUUUUAGCCACAUCUGACUGCCUUUUGGGCUGAUUCUGAGGCCAAAGUGGUGUUUAGGACAUCUACCAUAAUAUGAAUCUGAUGUGUAUCCCACUUCCCAUGUUGGGUGGUUUUCUCCUUUUUAAUUCUAUCAGUUAUUAAUUAUUAGCAGUCACUGACUUGUUUAUGUGAUCCAUCUGACACUAAAUCCUAUCAUGAUGAUCAAUUAUGAAUUGAAACUGAUAACUUUGACUAGUGAGAUGGCAUUGGUACAUGCCACCUUGAUGGGAUUGAAUUGGAAUCCCCUGGCAUGUUUCUAACUCUACUGUUUUGGGGCAAGUCCAAUUGUGUAUGUCCAAACAGUACAUCUCCUCCCUCUCUUAUUCCCACUCUUAUAUCUAACAGGGAUUACUUUUCAGUUAAAUUUAAACACCUAGCAAUAAUUGUGUGUUAAUUAAAGAGUUCUACCAAUGGUAUUAAGUAGAAUAAAAAAAUUUCUAAAAGGGAUAAAGUACUAAGUUUUUCAUUGACUUGAGGACAAGGGUUGAUCAAGUCACUGUUUCUCAUAGUGUCCAUUUCACUUCAACAGGUUUCCUUUUUGGUGCUCGGUUAGUUGUCACUGAUCAGGGAGAACAUAAGAUAUUUGUCCAUUUGGGACUGACUUAUUUCACUCAGCAUGAUGUUGUCCAGAUUCCUCCAUUUUAUGGCAAAUGACCGGAUUUCAUUUUAUUUUUACUG